AUGGCUUGUUCACGAUCAGUGCAACUACUAGAGGGAAAGUUUGUUCAUGGAUAUAUAAUACGCAACAGAAUACAACCUGAUAUUUUUAUUAACAGCUCACUCAUGGAUCUAUACUUCAAAUGUGGAAAGGUUGAGUCAGCCGAAAACAUCUUUAAAUUGAUACCGAAGACAACGCCAUUUUCUUGGAAUGUUAUGAUUUCUGGAUAUGUAACUGAAGGGAAACUUUUUGAAGCACUUAACCUCUUCAGUGAAAUAAGACAAUCAUCUGUUGAACAAGAUGCUAUUACUUUCGCCAGUGUUUUAGCAGCUUGUUCGCAACUAGCAGCACUAGAAAAGGGUAGAGAGGUCCACAAUUUGAUUGUUGAGAUAAAUUUGGGAAACAAUGAAGUGGUUAUGGGGGAUCUUCUUGAGAUGUAUGCAAAGUGUGGUGCUGUAGGUGAAGCAUUUGGUGUUUUCAAAUAUUUUCCAGAAAGAGAUCUGAAUGUAAAACCUGAUAGAGUUACUUUUCUUGCCAUAUUGUCUGCGUGUAGCCAUGCUGGAUUGGUUGAUGAUGGAUUGUAUCAUUUCAAUGAAAUGAUCAAUGUUCAUGGUAUCGCGGCUAGAUUUGAACAUUAUUCAUGCUUGACUGCUCUUCUUGGACGUGCUGGAAGAUUGCACGAAGCAUAUGAGAUUCUACAAAGAAACCCUGAAAUCAGGGAUGACGUUCAGCUGUUAAGCACCUUAUUUUCUGCAUGCUGUUUACACAGAAAUCUUGACUUAGGGGUUGAAAUUGCAGAAAAACUUAUUGACAAGGAUCCUGAUGAUUCAUCACAAACUGCAAAGAGAAACCAUAAAGGCAUUAGAAAUUUCAGCCGAGUAAAGAGAAAUUUACAUUUCACUUAUGAUGAGGAAGCUGGCAUCUUCAGCUGA